CCAGGUCGACGCCAUUUCGCCGGUAUCAAUUUUGGGAUGAUUUUGCCCCAAAACAUACCCAAAAUGUUCCGUUCUUCGAUUUUAUUAAGGUCUGCCGUGAGGCAAAGAUGCCUCCCAAAAAGCAUAAGGACAUAUACGCAAAGAGCAUUCAUCGAUUCCGUCAACAGAACAAGAAAUAUCAACAGACUUUCGUCGACCAAUCCGCAUCAGUCCAGAAUAACCUGGGGCCAGCAAUUGUCAUGUAUCCGCUAUUACAGUUCAGAUGAUCUCCCUACUCACCAAAAAAUAGUCCUACCGGCCCUCUCGCCAACGAUGGAGUUCGGUACGAUCAUUUCAUGGGAGAAGAAGGAGGGUGACCAGUUGUCCGAGGGAGAUUUAUUGGCGGAGAUUGAGACGGACAAAGCUACGAUGGGAUUCGAAACGCCGGAGGAGGGAUACCUGGCAAAGAUUAUUAUACCACAAGGAACGAAAGAUAUUCCUAUCGGAAAGUUGCUGUGCAUCAUAGUCGAAGAGGAAGGAGACGUGGCAGCUUUCCAAAACUUUCAAGCAACGGCAGCCGAUGAUGCGCUCAUUGGCGGCGCCGCACCGAAACCGGCGGAACCUGCUGCACCUGCACCACCACCACCUGUAGCACCUGCACCGGCACAAGCUGCACCACCACCACCGACCCCAGUGGCUGCUCCAGCCGCACCUGUACCUGCUGCGCCCAUUGCCGCACCCGUUUCGACGGGCGGAAGGGUUUUUGCGUCGCCACUGGCGAGGACGAUUGCUUCAGAGAAAGGAAUAGAUCUCAGCUUGGUGCAAGGUACAGGCCCAGAUGGACAGAUCCGUGUCGAUGACGUAAGAAACUUCGUACCGUCUGCCGCGCCUGGUGUGGCGGCGCCUGCGCCGGUUGUGAUGCCACCUGGGGCCGCCUAUGUUGAUGUACCGAUGUCCAGUAUGCGGCAAACGAUAGCCAAACGAUUGGUGCAGUCAAAACAGACCAUCCCGCAUUACUAUUUGAAUGUUGACAUACUUAUGGAUGAUGUGCUAAACCUACGUAAGGAACUGAACGCUGAAUUAGAAAAAGAAAACAUCAAGGUUUCCGUCAACGACUUCAUCAUCAAGGCGGCUGCGUUGGCCUGCAGGAGAAUUCCAGAGGCUAACUCGUCUUGGCAAGAAACGUUUAUCAGACAGUUUAACUCGGUCGAUGUGAGUGUGGCUGUAGCGACAGAUAAUGGCCUCAUCACGCCUAUAGUAUUUAAUGCAGAUAAAAAGGGAUUAUUGAGUAUAUCGUCAGAUGUGAUAAGCUUAGCGCAAAAAGCUCGGGAGGGAAAAUUGCAGCCACACGAAUUCCAGGGAGGGACUUUCACCAUAUCUAACUUAGGCAUGUAUGGCAUCAAAAGUUUCUCGGCAAUUAUCAAUCCUCCCCAGGCCUGUAUCCUAGCUGUCGGCGCAUCAAAUCAAAGACUCAUCCCGGAUGAAAAUGCAGCAGAGGGAUACAGAUCUGCAAGCGUUUUGGGUGCAACUUUGAGUUCGGACCAUCGGGUGGUGGACGGGGCAGUCGGUGCUCAGUGGCUGGCAGAGUUUAAGAAAUUCUUAGAAAAACCACAAACAAUGCUGUUGUAAUAAAAACUGUUGACUUAAUCUGAUAUUACUAUGUGGAUAUCUUGGUACAGCUAAGAAAAUAAAGGCAUGCUUGUGCUGCUUAGAUGUUUAAUGUGGUGAAGGACAACAGAGUCAACUCGUGAUUAUUUCCCUGCAGGUCGAUCCUAUGACUUGGUCUUUUGCUGUGAAUACGAGUGUUCAGUGAUUUCAAAGAUUUUCUACAAACUGUGCAAAACAGUAACAGUUACAGAGACGAUACUAGUCACAAAACUACGCAAAAGCUUUUCAAAAUGACUGACAUAUAAAGUUGCUUAUGAAGUAUUCUUGAUACCCAUCAUGAUUUUUUUAGUACCAGAGUUUACCAUGUUUAUCUAUUGAUGUAAUGGCCCAACUGGAUAACCUUAUGACAUAUUAUUUGAAAUAAUAAGGGCAGUCAAAAUCAUUGGUGAACAAAAUAACGGUGGUUGUGAUGAAUAUAUUUGGAUCCAAAAUAAUUGUAGUUGCAUCUACUGGGUGAGGAUGCUGGUUUUGGGCAGGUAAGAAUAGCUUUUUGGAAUGCUCCCUGGAGCAUUGAUGGACAAUUGGGGGGGGGGGGGUUAUGUGUUGACUUCCAGUCUAAAAAAUGUGAAUAGCAGCUGUACAUAAUGUGUUAUGUAUGAGAAAGAAGAAGAGAAAUAAGGUAAACUACAAGCCCUUCUCCUGUAGUUAGAGUUUUGAGGUGAACGCCAGGCAGUCGUUCGGUUUUUGGUACCGGUAAUUAAGUAGGUUGUCUUGGAGACUACUGCCGUGGAGUCCCAGAGUUUUGUAGCCAGGGUGGUGUCCUUGGGCCAAUAUUCCUCCCUAUUCUUCAUCGGGAGCAGGUCUGAAGCGCAUGAGCUGGUGUCUGGUCAGCUACACAUUCACAUUGAGCAGAGUCUUUGAAGGUGUUUCUUAAAGCAGCAGUACCCUGUUCAAGUUGGAAGAUUGUCACCUGUUUCUUCCCCUCUAGCUGGGUGAUGUUGUCAGCCUGGGGGUUGUGAAAGCCCUUCCAUCUGUCAACAAAUGAUCAAAUAAAUGUGCUCUAUCUGGCGUGAUAAACCUAUGUAUAUUAAUGUAUUUAAUUUGUCAUGUUAAGUUUUUAGAAGUAAAUAAAUAA